AUGGCCGCCACUCGUGUCUUCGCCUCCCGCAUGGCCUCUCAGAUGGUCUCCAAGGCUGCUCGUCCUGCCAUCCGAGCUCCUGUCUCCGCCGCUGCCAAGCGCACCAUCACCGGCUCUUCUAGCCCUCUCCAGUCCCUCAGGCGCCAGCAGGUCAACACCCUGCUCCAGGCCACCUCCCGAAAUGCCUUCCAGGUCCAGCGCCGUGCCUACUCUUCCGAGAUCGCCCAGGCCAUGGUUGAGGUCUCCAAGAAUCUGGGUAUGGGCUCUGCGGCCAUUGGCCUGACUGGUGCUGGUAUCGGUAUCGGUCUCGUUUUCGCCGCUCUCCUCAACGCUGUUGCCCGCAACCCUGCCCUCCGUGGCCAGCUCUUCUCGUACGCCAUUCUGGGCUUCGCUUUCGUCGAGGCCAUCGGUCUCUUCGACCUCAUGGUUGCCCUCAUGGCCAAGUUCACCUAA